AUGAAGACUCUUGUUCUGAUUUCCCUGUUGGCCUUCUUAGUUGGGACUGUUACUAACGCUGCAACAACUGAUGAGGCGCAGGCCAAGGACGAGGCUGUCGAUGUAAGUGAUGAGAGAUUUGAAGAUGAUCUGCGUGAAGACAACGCCCUUGGCGAUGAUGAAGAAGACGAAGCUGCAGAUGAAGAAGAAGAAGGCGAAGAAGACGAAGAAGACGAAGAAGACGAAGACGAUCUAGAAGGUGAAGACGAUUUAGAAAGCGAAGACUCCGUUAACGAUGAAGACUAUGAUGACGAGGAAGAUCCUGAAAGGUAAAUUUUUAGCCCUUUUCGUUCUCAGUACGUUGAUAGGCCGAAGUUUUAACUUUGAAUCUUUGUGGAUAAAACUCCCGAUGCGGCAUGUAAAUGAAAUUUCUUUAGAAGUUCCAAAUGGUUCUAUUUAUGUUUUUGUUUUUUCACGAAAUAAAUUUGUUAUUGAUUUAAAUUUUUCUAAGGGAACUCCGUUGAGUAUAGAGGAGGCUUUCACGACCCAGUAAAUUUCAGCAAGAAGACUGGGGAAUUAUAUCAAAUGACAUGCGCAAUUCCGUUUUAAGUAACCUCGCCAAAUUUAUGUAUUUCGAAUAGACCUUAUUCGCGAUAACUGCCAUCUUUGCUCGUGCUUAACGCGUGGUAGGAAAAAGACAAUGUCAUGUGGUUCCUCAGGGGACAACAAAAGAUAAAAUCUGCCAAUAAUAAAAGAAAUCGCGGUCAGGUCCUAGUGACAUCCCAAAAAACGUUAGCCAAAAUAUUAGCCUAUAAUAAAUCAGCUCUUUGCCGUUGUGCCAGCCCUGCAUUCAGUUUUGGUCAGAAGAAAGAAAACAAUACAUUGUAAAUAACCAAUUAAACCGUUCUAGGAGCUGAAUAAUUUCUUAGCGUUUUACUUAUUCUUUUGCCUUCUGCUUAAUCUUCCUCAGGGAUAUAGAUCGUCAGCAGGACGCAAAGGCGUGGCGCCCAAGGUUCCCGAGAAUUCCACGUCCAACCUAGGUUCCCCAGAAUUCCACGUCCAAGGUUCCCUAGAAUACCACGUCCAAGGUUUCCCAGAAUCCCACGUCCAAGGUUUCCCAGAAUCCCACGUCCGAGGUUCCCCAGAAUUCCACGGCCAAGGUUCCCCAGAAUUCCACGGCCAAGGUUCCCCCGAUUCCCACGUCCAAGGUUCCGCGGUUGGGGAAAGAAGUGA